AUGGCUGCAAGUCGGAUUGUACUUAUCUCAGGCUGUUCCACUGGUAUCGGGCUGUUUACAGCGUUGCUGUUAGCAAGCGAUCCAGAGAAACGCUUUAAGGUUUACGCCACAAUGAGAAACCUUGAGAAGAAGAGCGAGUUAGAAGAACGAGGCAGGGAAUGCCUUGAUGAUUCUCUGAUCAUCAAGCAAAUGGAUGUCAGCUUCGCUGAUUCGGUUAAAAGUUUAGUUGAUGAAGUGCUCGCCAAAGAAGGAAAAAUUGAUGUUCUGAGUGAGUAUUCGCUUGAUCUUACGCUUUGGACCACUAAUCCGGUCAAAGCAUUAUAAAAAUAGUGAAUAAAGUAGAGGUCGAUUGUACUGUAAUUUGAUGAGAUUUGCCAUAGAAAAAAUAUUUAUAAUGAUUUUUCGGCGACUCGGCCUUAUAGCCUCGUAUAGGGACGGAAGACUGCUCACUCUAUUGUUCUUAAGCUGGAGGUCUGAUUUCUUAGACAAUUAAGUACCUUAAAAACACGGUAUUAUGCUACUAAUCCAUAAUAACUUGUGACAUGUUAUAGCCCACUAGAAGCAAAAAGCAAUGACGGCUGAAUCGCGUUUGCUAGCUACAGUUGUUUUGUCUCGAUAUUUUUGACCAACUAGUAGGAUAUUACUAAAACAAUUAUUACUCUCGCCCUCAUGGCCUGUGAGUCAUAAGCCCAUUCGGCCUUGGGCCUCAUGGGCUAUUGACUCAGAGCCCAUUCGGGCUCGAGGAAUAAUUGUGAAAUAUAUACCCCCGGUAUCCAUCAAAACAAAGCUCAUCUUUAAUUUUUGUUUUAACUAGUUAACAACGCAGGGGUUGGAUGUGUGACCGUAUUGGAAUGCAUGGCCAUGGAUCAGAUCAAACAAAUGUUCGAUGUGAAUUUUUUUGGAGCUGUUGCGUUGAUCCAGGCCGUUCUCCCCAGCAUGAAAGAGAGGCAGGAAGGUUACAUUGUGAACGUAAGCAGUGUAUUCGGGGUAACAGGAGGUCCAUUUAACGAUGUGUAUACAGCGUCAAAGUUCGCUCUGGGAGGCAUAACUGAAUCUCUCGCCCCGGUAUUAAAACAGUUCAAUAUAAAGUGAGUGCAACAGUGAAGUCUUAAAAGCUUUACAUUAGCUUCCACCUACUAAUCAGCCCCACCCACUGUUUGCGAUGCGAGCUACAAUGUAGUCACUCGUAAGUUUUCUUAUAGCUGAUCAUAGGUGAAAGGUAGAGUGAUGAAGCCUUUCCCCAUUUGUAUCCGUAGUAAAGGAAGAGAAAAGUUGUUUCUUCACCUUUGUUUCAUUCAAGCUGUUCACACACCUUCCAUUUUCUCUUUAUACGAGCGUUGAGUGUUCAUAUGAAAAUAGAAACCGCGGGGCCUGUAACGGCACCCGCGUGCCCAAAUUUUGUUUCGUAGUAGAUUUAGCUAUUCUCUUUUAGUAACCGCAUUUUACGUCACAAUGAUUUUCCUCUUGCCGUCACGUGACUUAAGCUUAAAUAUCGUAACACCUGCGUAGUUUUUUGUAAGGCUCACAGAUAAUCGACAGGUAACCAUGUCAAGAAACGUCUUAUUGCUAUUGAACUCAGAACCUACUAGAGCGCAAGGGGUGGGAAGGCGCAAAAAAUAGGUUUUCUUGAUUUUUCUCGCGCGCACACAUUCUUGUAAGCCUAGAGAAGAGCAUGGUCUAGCCCCCGGGGGGGCGGGGCACUUGGGUAUUUUUUGGGUGGGUAUGUGCCGCCCAGGACUCCAAAUUGGCACUCCGUUCUAAAAAGAAAUUCCCUUAAAAUUGAUACCCCAUUCUAGAAAUGGACCAAUUUUUUAUACCCCGUUCUAGAAUUCGCCCUAAAACUGAUACCCCGGCUAGAAAUGGGCCAAUUUUUUAUACUCCAUUCUAGGGUGCAACAAAAAUAUAACAGUUGGCUUGUUAACGCAUGGAACCGUAUUUUUAAAAGCAAUCUGUCCUUGAAAUGAAUUUCAAAUGGCUGCUUACAAAACUGGAGCUUUCGUGCAUUCGAAAUAUUAUACCGUUCUAGAAAACGCCUCUAAAAAGGAAACCCCGUUCUAAACCAGGAGCUUAAAAAUCACGACCCCGUUGGGCGGCACAUACCCGUAUAGGUGAUGUAUGGGAGUACCUCCCCCCUCCCGGGAUCUAGCUUUCCCUGUGAGCAGUGGUUUCUCCAGGCCGAACGCUACGCUACAAGCGCAGGGUCCGGCCUGGAGAAAACACUGCUCGCACGGUAGUCUAGCUAAGUUGGUCAGAGUAAUGUAUAGUUGAUUUAAGCUAAAAUAACUUCAGUUUAAUUGUAAUCUUAUAGGAUUUCACUGGUCGAGCCAGGACCUGUCAUGACUUCUUUUAUAAGUAACUUAAAAGAUAUGGCGGGGAAAGUUGACCUCUCUACCGCUGACCACAAAUCUGUCCAACUCAUGCAGUCUGUCAUUUCCCGGAUGGUUGAUUUAACAGCUAACGUGGGGCAGGAAUCACAGGAGAUAGCUAAAACUAUCAAAGAAAUUGUGACGUCAAAGGAACCUCAGUUACGAUAUCUGACCAACAAAUAUUAUGGGCUUGAUGAAGCAAGAUCUAAAUUGUGUGACCUUACUGGCGAUAAGCUUGUGGAGGUGCUGGAGAAACGUUUCUUUAACAGUUAA